AUGCAUUCUUCAUUUGAAGACAGUGCUAGUGCACGAACAUUAUAUGUUGGUAAUCUUGAUCCAUCGGUAUCCGAAGAACUCUUGAUGGUCCUAUUCAAACAGAUAGGACCUUGUCGAAGUUGCAAAAUCAUUCAUGAAGCAACCAGUGAUCCAUAUGCUUUUAUUGAGUUCGCUGAACAUCAAGCAGCAGCACAUGCACUACUUGCUAUGAAUAAACGUCUAGUAAUGGGCAAAGAAAUCAAAGUAAAUUGGGCAACAACAUCAGCAACGACCAGUGUAAAAGUGGAUACAACUAAACAUCAUCACAUAUUUGUCGGUGAUAUAGCACCUGAAAUCGAUCAGAAUUCUUUACACGAAGCUUUUGCACCAUUUGGAGAAAUUUCAGAAAUAAAAAUUGCUAAAUUUCCUGACACACAAAAAUCGAAAGGUUAUUGUUUUAUUGCUUUUGUUAAUCAACAAGAUGCUGAGACAGCCAUUGCCAGCAUGAAUGGUCAAUGGCUUGGUACAAGAAAGAUACGUACAAAUUGGGCUACCAGAAAAGUGCCAUCCAAUGAAGCUGCUAGUAACACACGAUAUCGUGAUUCAAAUAAUUUCCAAUCUGGUCACGAAUCUGCCACACCUAAGCUUGAUUACAAUGAAGUAUGGAAUCGAACAGGAGAAACAAAUUCGACGGUUUACUUUGGCAAUUGUGGUGAUGUUAAUGAAGAUUUAGUUCGUUCAAUAUUCACGUCGUACGGCCACAUACAAGAAAUACGUAUCUUUAAAGAAAAAGGAUAUGCUUUUGUUCGAUUCUCGUCUAAAGAAAGUGCUUGUCAAGCCAUAUGUCAUAUACAUGGUUCUGAAAUUCAUGGUUAUACAACUAAAUGUGGUUGGGGACGUGAUGAAUCAACAAAUGAUCGAAAUAAUACACCAUAUCAUGGGAAUAAUAAUAUGAGUAAUCAAAAUCAAUACGAUUCUAACCCACAAAAUUCCUACGGUCCACCAUCGAAUAACAAUUAUAUGGGCAAUGAUAGAAGUGGCAAUAAUAACUACGGUGGUUCGUAUCAACAACCAAACUAUCCUCCACAACAGUAUUCGAAUUCUCAACCAUGGAAUAAUAAUAAUAAUAAUAAUAUCAAUGGUUUACAAUCUAAUUCGAUGCGAGAUCCAUAUCCACAAUCUACGAACGGAGGCAAUGACUGGAAUAGUAAUAAUAACAAUAAUAAUAAUUAUUAUGGACAAAAUUUCAGUCAAUAUAAUAAUUCACAACAAUCUCAAAUGUAUUCUUCAAACUCUGGUUGGGGUUCGUCAAGACGUUGA